CCUUUUCACACACACAGGACAGGCACAUCCACCGUGGACGACACCAGGUUUGAGACCCUACGAAGACCCGAUUGAAUCUCUCAUCGCUCGCCAAGAUACGGCACGAAAUGUACCCCAAUCGAUAUGGCUACGCAGGCGGCGGGACGGCCAAUAUCGGUUAUAUCCUCACGCAAUUCGACGUGCUCAGCACAUUAUCAACUCAGCAGCUUCGGUCCAGGAACAGACAGGUCGAUCCGGCGUUCGCGACCGCCGUGUUCAUUCAGUACAUCUCGGGCAAGCUGGCCAAGGGAAAGACAAAGUUUGAGACGAGUCUCAAGGUGGAAGAGCUUGAAAGAGGAUUACCUCAAUUCGUCCGAUCAUUCCACGAAGCCCGAGAACGAACCGGUCUUCCACCGUCCCGGAUCUUCCCUGCUUUGCGCCGCACCGUCACCUCGACUCCUACCGGUCCCUCCGCACGACUAGCACGAACAAGUACGUCAACAGGACAUCCCAACAUCCAGGGAGCCAAUGUCCAGGCUAUCGCUGCCCGUAACACUACGGUACAGACCGUACGACCUGCAGCGGCCACUCCCACUCAGCCGGGUGGAGAGGGAGAGGACUUGCCCCCUCCACCUUAUUCGAGGAUGGACCCUGAGCCGGAGAUGACGGCUGUACUCGAGCGUCAAAUGAGUAAUGCGCAGGGUUCGGCUGUACCCAGGCCUCAGGCUAGUAAUACCGAGGCGCCUAACCCGGCUCCUACCAUACCCGAGCGUCCAACUGCCGAACAACGAGAGUUGGAACAAGCGCUGGCUGCGAGCCGGGAAGCAGAUGCUCAAGCGAUGGACACAUCUUCUCCUCCUCGUAACAAUGCUGGGAAUACUGCUGACCAGGAGCAGAGGGAACUCGAACAGGCUCUAGCGGAGAGUCGAAGGCAGGUCGAGGUGGACGAGAGGCGAAGAAGGGAGAGUCAAACGUAUUCCGAUAAUGGGGCCGUGACGACCAAUACGGGCGGGACUAUCCCGGGUUCUUACCCUGUUGGUGAUAAUGGGAACCCGAUCGCGCUCGGGUCUACGCUACCGGUCCCCGGACGUGCUUCGCUCGAUGGGCUGUCUGGCCGUAUGCAAUCGAUGGACCUGAUGGACGACGAGUCUGGGCAACAGUCUGGGCACCGACCGUUGGAGCCGAUACGUACAGGAACCAACAACCCCUUUGCCUCGGCAAACGAUGCUCCAGCUUCACCAUUCUCGGCCGGCCCUCAUGCUUCGAGCAAUAACCCUUUCGAGAACCCCGCUUAUGAAAACGGCGAUGCAGCGGGUUCGUCCCGUACAGCAUAUGCUCCACCUUCUCACCCACCUCCAGGGUGGCAGAACCAGAACCAGGCGCCGUCUAACCCGUUCCUUCAACCUCAACGGGCUGUAGAUCCGGAUCGACCUCCUCCUGUGGCUCCUAAACCGGCGAGACCGCAAAGUGUCGAGAUGGGCUCAGGUGUGACCCGCGGACAAGGUGUCUUGACGCAUCAGCUCGGUCUGACGCAGUCGAGGCAGGGGGACGAUCCUUCGGCACAGUUGAAGCGAUAUGACAUGGUGCUCCUCGUGGAUGAUAGUGGUUCCAUGGCAGGGGGACGGUGGAGAGAUACAAGAAUGUCCCUGAUGGAGGUGGCUGAGCAAGCGGCUGGACAUGACACGGACGGGAUCGAUGUUUACUUUAUCAACAACCCGGCGGCGGGCGAGGGGAUCAGGAGUGGUCGCGAGGUGGACGCAUUGUUCGGGCAGGUAAAACCUGGAGGGCAAACGCCUACUGGUCGUGCAUUGGACCGGAUUUUGACCAAAUACAUGGACACGCUGGAGACGUGUACCGAUCUUGAGCGACGAGGCGAGUUGCCUCCUGGCGAGGGCGUCAAACCGAUGAAUCUGAUUGUCAUCACCGAUGGAGCACCCACUGACGAUCCGGAAUCAGUCCUUGUCCGAAUAGCACGUCGGCUCGAUCAAGGCGGGUAUCCACUCAGCCAGUUGAAGAUCAAGCUGUUACAGAUCGGUAACGAGGAAGGAGCUCGCGAGGCAUUACAACACCUGGACGAGGUCAUUUCUUCCAAACAUGGUGUGAGGGAUAUGGUCGACAUGCUGCAAGGUAGUCUAACGGCAUGAGAGAUAAAAAUCGCUGGAUAAGGACCAGGGUAUGCGAUGUUUGUACGGGGAAGGAAAACGUUGUAUUUAGAUAUCCUUUAGACUUUAAUCAUGGCCCGACUCUUUCAGUCGUUGCACUCUCUAUCGCAGGAGGGAUACCUUUGGCGGUCUUCCGUCCCUCGGCUUUCUUCUGUAUGGCUCUGGCUUUAUUCUUUUUGGCUAACUCGACUCGCUUGAUCAUCUCGGGCGGGACAACCAUGGCGGAUCGGAGUUUGUCAAGCUCAUAGCUGGCGUUAUAUCGUGCCAGCUGCUCGUUGUGUAUUUCAA